CGUCACGUGGGGGAUAUCCCACAAUGCAACUGUGUGAAACUCACUUCGCUUGUUGACAUGCAAAUUGCAGAGCAGUAAGGUCUCUCUUUCACUUCAAAAUGGAUCCACAAUAUGAAUACCGCCUUUUACGCCAAAUCAACCAUCAAAAUGACAACCGGAGCCCUACUAAAACAGCACCUCCUGCUCCUUCCCCAGUAAUAUCACCCAAUAAGCUCGGCGACAGAUUUAUUCCCACUCGAGCGGCGGCAAACUGGGAUAUCAACUUCCACAGGCUCAGUGAAAAUGAGAAGUCAGCAAAUCAAAACAGGAAAGCCAAGGAACCAUCUUCUGAUAUUGUUAAAGCAGAUGGUUUAACGUACUCCGCUCUGCUAAAGAAUGAGCUCCUGGGAGCAGGAAUAGAAAGGAUCCAGGACCCUCAGACGGAAGACAGCCAUUUGCAGCUAUUGACACCUGAGAAGCGGAGACUCUUCACUUACUCACUUGAGCUCAAAAGAAGCUCACCGGCCAGCGAAACCAACCUCUCUCCAUACUCGUUGUCACCUGUCAGUAACAAAAGUCAGAAACUGCUGCGAUCACCUAGAAAGCCAACCAGAAAGAUUCCCAAGAUCCCCUUCAAAGUCUUGGAUGCACCGGAGCUGCAGGAUGACUUUUACCUUAAUUUGGUGGACUGGUCGUCUCUCAAUGUGCUCAGCGUCGGCCUGGGAACAUGUGUUUACUUGUGGAGUGCCUGUACCAGCCAGGUAACAAGGCUGUGUGAUCUUUCCGUGGAGGGGGACUCGGUUACGUCAGUCGGCUGGUCUGAGAGGGGCAACCUGGUAGCAGUGGGGACUCAGAAAGGCUACGUUCAGAUCUGGGAUGCUGGCGGCGGAAAGAAACUCUCCACCCUGGAAGGACACUCGGCCAGAGUCGGAGCGCUAGCAUGGAAUGCUGACCAGCUCUCCUCGGGCAGCCGUGAUCGCAUGAUUUUUCAGAGGGACAUCCGAACUCCUCCACUCCAGUCGGAGCGACGGCUGCAGGGACACAGGCAGGAAGUGUGUGGCUUGAAGUGGAGUACCGACCAUCAGCUGCUUGCUUCUGGUGGCAAUGACAACAAGUUGCUGGUUUGGAAUCACUCCUCGCUGAGCCCUGUGCAGGCUUACACAAAUCACCUGGCUGCAGUAAAGGCCAUCGCUUGGUCACCACACCAGCAUGGCCUGCUGGCCUCUGGGGGCGGCACGGCUGACCGCUGUAUUCGCUUUUGGAAUACGCUGACGUCGCAGCCGCUGCAGUGUGUGGACACGGGCUCACAGGUCUGCAACCUGGCUUGGUCCAAGCACACAAAUGAGCUAGUGAGCACCCACGGCUACUCUCAAAACCAGAUUUUGGUGUGGAAAUAUCCAGCGCUCACUCAAGUGGCCAAACUCACAGGGCACUCUUACAGAGUUCUCUACCUGGCUAUGUCCCCGGAUGGGGAAGCGAUUGUUACAGGAGCUGGAGAUGAGACGCUCCGCUUUUGGAAUGUCUUCAGUAAAACAAGAUCCACAAAAGAAUCUGUGUCAGUGCUUAAUCUGUUUACCAGGAUUCGGUGACAUUGUACAACAAUAAAACACAUUGCCACGUUUCUGCAACUUAACACAUUCAUUUAUACAAACGAGGUUUGGAAGUAUUUUAACAUAAGGCCAUGUAUCAUAAUGAAAGGCUUAGUUUUUUAUUUAAAAAAUGUGUAAGGGUGUUAUGUUGUUAUUUGCUGAAAUUGUGAAACAUUUUCACCAUCGUGAAUCAAGGAGAGGACCUUGAUUUUGUAAACGCAGGUCUAAUUUAUUUAACGCACUUGAAAUAUGAUCAUCACUUACCUCGGUUUCUGCAGUAUGACCAUUAUGUUUACCAAGAUUCUGAAAUCUGGGUUCAGUUUGUCUAAUGCUGUGCAUUCAAAUCAUUGCUACAUAGUUUAUUCUUUGUAGUAAAUGAAUAAAAUAUAUUUGAUUUGAA